AGUGUCCGCUCAUUUUUUUAUGGCCUGAAUGACUGACAGGAGCUCAUCGAUGAGUGCUUCUGUUUUCUUCCUGGGAAGAGUUCAAUCACAAAUCAGUCAUGAGCUCCAGCUUGGUCAACUCUUUAGCCAGAAUGUAUGAUCCCAAGCCGCUUCACGGUCAGAAGCCCGCUGGCAGAAAGCUCUCGCUCAACGGAUUAGACAAGUGCCCGGCGGCUACUUGCGCUUCCCCCUGCCACCACGUCGCUUCGCUGCGCCGCAUCGAGAGCCGCAUCGACUCGUUGGCCUGCCAGAUGGAGAGUUUGCUCGGCGUGCAGCAGGCCGUCCUCACCCGACUGGACGCUUUGUCACGCGACGUGAGAGGGAUGGAGCGAAGCCGGGCGUCGAUGAGCGAGGAGGCUCCCCGCGAUGCUGACGCCCGUGCGGGAGACGGCUCCCAAGUCGCGCUGGUGUGCGGGCAGUUGUUGGGGGCGGCGGAGAGGGUCGGCGAGCAAAUGGACAGUCAGGGCCGCAGGCUGGACGCGCUGGAAAAAGUGGCGGAGGGCACCCAGCAGGUGAUCGGCUUCAUCGGCGACGUGGUGAAGAGCUCCCGGCUGAUGAGGCUUCUCUUUAAAAAGCCCGCCAGCCCUUUCAAACCCAAGGGAAAAGACGACAAGGAGAAAGGAAAACUGAACCCGAAAGCCCAGAAGAAGAGGAGGUCCCUGGAAACUUCAGAAGACACACUGAGCGGAUCGGUUCUGCCAGAGCAGGUGGCGAAACUCAACCAGAAGAACAUCGACCAUUCUCAUGGAAACAACCAAGCCGAGGACGGGGAAAACGGACGACAUCUCGACUCGUCCGCCUUGAUUCUGAACGAUUCCAAUAAGGAGAGUGAAGAGAUCUUUGACGACUCGGGCCCUGACGAAGAGGUGGAAUUCGAGAUCAAUUCAGCGGAUUUCAAUCCAGAGAAGAGCGACGAUGAGCGAGAUGAAGGGAGUAACUCGGAAGAAGCAGACGUUUCUUCCCAGACCGCCACGACGACUCCUAUCGUUAAAACCGAGAGUUCUGACGACGUCGGUGUCGACGCGGACGCCUGCGAUCUUAAAAAGAGUCGAGUGGAAGGCGGUCAAGAUCCGAAUGCCGACGGAGUCGUGUUGGAGACGGAGAGCACCGAACGCGCCGACUCGGAUGCGGUCCGCGAGGAGGCCGAACGGGGAAACAACCAGCGGUCUGAUGUGAAGGAAUUCCUCAUCGACUCCAGUCCUCCGCCGUCGGCGCCUUUCGAUCAUCGCAUCGUCACUCCCAAACCUCAUCAAAUAGCGGCCUACUACUCCAUCAACAGAGACGAGGUCCUGGGAGGGGGACGUUUUGGCCAGGUCCACAAGUGCAUCGAGAACUCAUCUGGCCUAACGUUGGCCGCCAAGAUCAUUAAGGCCAGGAGCCAGAAGGAAAAGGACGUGGUGAGGAACGAGAUCCAGGUGAUGAACCAGCUCAAUCACUGCAACCUCAUCCAGCUCUACGCGGCCUUUGAGUCUCGUCACGACAUCAUUCUGGUCAUGGAGUACGUCGAGGGGGGCGAACUGUUCGACCGCAUCAUCGACGAGAACUGCAACCUGACUGAGUUUGACACGGUGCUGUUUAUCCGGCAAAUCUGCGAGGGACUGCAAUACAUGCACCGAAUGUACAUACUGCAUCUCGACCUCAAGCCAGAGAACAUUCUUUGUGUCAGCAGAGCAACAAACAAGAUCAAAAUAAUCGAUUUUGGUCUCGCCCGGAGGUAUAAACCUCGAGAGAAGCUGAAGGUCAACUUCGGAACGCCCGAGUUUUUGGCCCCAGAAGUCAUCAACUAUGAGUUUGUUUCCUUCCCGACAGACAUGUGGAGCCUCGGCGUCAUCACUUACAUGCUACUCAGCGGCUUGUCUCCUUUCCUCGGGGAUGACGACAACGAGACUCUCAACAACAUCCUGGCCUGUCAGUGGAACUUUGAGGAGGAAGAGUUCACAGACGUUUCGGAAGAGGCCAAAGACUUCAUCACGCGUUUGCUGGUCAAGAGCAAAAGCUGGAGGAUGAGCGCGACGGAAGCUCUCAGACACCCCUGGCUGGCAGACCAAAGGCUGCACUAUCAGUUACAUGUGAAGAAAGACAAAUGUCAGCCCACAGCACCGCCCUCGCCAGAGUCCUAGAGAGGUGCCGUCUCCUAACCAAAAAAAUAAAUAAAAAGGAAGUCACUUUCCUCUGCAGAAACUCUGCGAGGACGCCAGCAGUCCUUCGGACUAUGUCGGGCCCCGGCGCCCAACACUGACUGGACCAAUGCCGCUGUUACCUGUAUGGUUACGGAAUCUCGACUCUCUGCUGAGCUUCCCAACCGCAUUAGCUUGGUACAGUCGCUCGGGACAGCCGAUCUGUAGUCGACUUCAUUGAGACCGGAACAAGAAAUGGGUCAAUUUAUCAUUCGAGGUACAAAGUGUAAGAAGAUAAAAGCGAAGUCGAAAUACCGCACCGAUAUGACAUGGGGGGGGGGGACCCUGUAGCCCAAAACGGAGCGCUCAAAUGGAUUUUAUUGUCAGGAACGCAUCGUAUUUGGUAAAGAAAUGUCAAUAUAACCCUUGCAGGGACAGCGGUGAUCACGGUGGACAUCUUAUCAUGUUGUCACGUUCAAGUACUCCCCAAAAAAUGGACUCCUUUGCAAUGGCUGUGUGUAAUUCCCAGAAAUAAUCAACCCCCACUUUUUUUUUUCCAUAACAUGACAUGCCAAAUUUUCGUAGCCAUAUACAAUCUUGUUAUCUUGUUAAAAAAAAACACUUUUGGUUCUGAAAAAAAAACCUUUCAGCGUUUGCCCAGCAUUUGUUUACUCCACCAGGGAUUGCAUUACUGCCUCCUGGUGGUCCACACGUGUAAGGACAACUUUUGAAAUGAAAUCUGAGGCUGAAGGAAACCCCCAAAACUUUGUGUUGACACCAGACUUGUUUUUUUUUUGGUUGCAUAGCAGCAGCUGCUUAGGUUGGUUAAUUUUUUGGACUUUGGGUGAUGAAGAUGUCACCGCACAAUUUUUCGAGAGAUUAAGGGAAGGAAAAAAAUCAGAGCAAUUCCAAGCGGGCACUGAUCGUGACUUCUUUUUCCGGUGUUUGAAUCACAACUGUGAUAAUGGAUCAUUUUCACAUGGUCAACGAAACGCGGCCGCCCGACUUGCGAUCGGUUUUGCGUCGGAGGGUCACACCGGAUGUAUCAUUCAGGAUUUUAAUUGCAGCGACAAAAUGAACGCGGACGGAUGACGACAGAUUGUUUUAGAUUCCGCCACGUUCGAUAGACAAAAAAUGAUUUACUGUCUUUUUGCAUGCAUGGCACUUUUUUUUUCCCCCCUCCAACCCUUAGUUACAAAAUAACUUAUUACUUCCUGUCCAUCAACAGUUAUAUUUUGGAGAAGACAUGUUACUUUCUUUUAUGUUCAAGUCUUAUUAUUAUUAUAUUUUGUGAAUAACUUUGAACACAUCGAUCUUGUUGAACACGUCGUUUUGUACAUUACACGUAUUGCACAAAAAUCUCUCGGUGUCAGAUCGCACACGUACGCUACUUUUCUUGCCAUUUCCUUUCACGCCGCUGGAUGCCCUUUGCUUUGACAGUCUGGAGUAGGUAGCCCCCCCAUUCUCACCUUCCAUGAAGGCGUAACACAAACUACACAAUACUACCUAUGAAUGUUUCAUGUUGCUGACUGCUGUUGAUUUUGAUGUCGGUUUCUUUACUGCUUUCGACACCAGGCUGUACUUGAAGCGCCCUGGUUUCUCUCAUUUCUUGCACAUUUAGUGAGAGGUUGGUUAAAAUGGAGGAGUCCAACCUUCGAGAUUGUGCGCCGCGUAGAUUUUGGGCAGGUCAACAGUCUUGACCGGAAUGCAAUCAGUGGAAAGGGAGCGGCGUACCCUUCAUUCUUGUUAUUCGAUCUUUUGAUUCAGGCUUGGCAUGUUUCUUAUUCGGGGGUGGACAUGCCACCUCCUCAGUCAUGUCUCUUUCUGUUAUCAUGUUUUGCUUGGCUUGUGGAGAUUCUUGACCAUCGCAUCUUUAUGUGAGAGGACUGUAUGUCACAACUGUUUGCGGUUCCACUGUGAACUGUGAAAGCUUUUGACAUUGGGAAUGGUUGUUUCAUGUUACAAUUGUUUUGUGUAAUUAUAUGAAUGAAAAUAGAAACUGUAUAAAUGAAAGCACAAAUAAAGUACACUGAUGUGUCGUG